AAAUAAUGCCAAAGUCAUAACAACACCGGAAGUAGAAGAACUGUGCCACACGUAAAGAAUUCCGAUGCAUCAUACAGUUGCUAAACAACAACAGCAAAGAGCUGUUUUAAAAUAUAUAUUCCUCACAUUUUUGUAUUCUAAUUAAAUUAAUCCAGAUGUCUGACACAAGGGGUGAGUGGCAGGUCGCACGCCGACGAAAAGGUGCGUCCAAAAGUUUAAAGAGUUUACGUGUGUCUCCAACAUGCUGUCAAACCCCGUUGGAUGUCGGUAAAACUAUCAAGCGGAUCAAAGAAACCGUGGCUGAACUCAAAUGUGAAGAAGUUUGGAAAGAAUGGAAAGAUCAGAUCCUACCAUCUUUGAACCACAAGAACAAUAAGGAUUCAGCGGAAAUAUUCCACGAGAGUUUGGAUGACAAAAUAAGUCCACUUCAAUGUGUGUGUUAUGGCUUGGGCACCUUUUCCUCGUGUGUGUCUGCACGCUACCAGCUGGCCAUGAUGCUCUUGCUCCUGGAUGCAGGAAAGAUUCUACUCAAAGACUGUUUUGUUUUUGAUCCAGCUUUCUCCCCUGGAGAAAAAGAUGUCCUGAGAGCAUUGGGUCUGACUGUUCUCACAGAAAAUGAGGAGGGGAAGCGACUGGCCACCAGACCUACCCUCUUUUACCUGAUGCAUUGUGGGAAAGCCUUGUACAACAACCUGCUGUGGAAGAACUGGAGUGCACAAUGUUUGCCCCUCUUGAUGAUAAUAGGAAACAGCUUUAGCAGCAUGAGAGAGAGGAUGCUUGAGAGAGAAUUUCAGAGGGACUACAGAUACAUCAGCCAGGCAGUGACUGUAUGUGAGGACAGACCGCUAACCUGUCCAUCUCGUCUUUUGGACGUCUUCGGUGACACUGCACUCAUCACUUUUAAGUCUAGCGCCCUUAUCGGUCUGCCACAGUCUACUUGGACAGAGACGCCUGAACCAUUAUAUCAGCACUGCCCGGAUUUGGAGAUAAUACAGAACGAACCCAUAAAAACGACUGACAGUUAAGGGUGGCAUUUUUUUCUUUUAAUAUGGUGGACACAAAGCACUGCUGGAUAGAUAGAUGCACCAGAGCAGCAAUGUGAUAACCAUGGACAUUUAGAGAAGCAGUAUCUUUUUUUUUUUUUUAAACCUACCCAAAAUAAUGAAUUAAAUAAAGGAAAAAAGUGCUUAAGCAAAAUAGGUUUAUCUGUGCUACAGUAGUUCUAAUAAUAGGCACAACAGUGACCAGUGUUUUUAUUGUUUGUGACUACACUCUAGUAUUCAUGUUAGAACGAUUCACAAGCCUGCAGCUAGGUGGCAGCAUUGCUCAGUCUAACUAACAUGCUCCCUGUUCUACUCAGUAGAAGUAGUAAGUACACAGCAGAAAAACAAAAAACAAAUGAUGAUAACCAGAAUAAAACGAAGCAUACAUAGCCUUUGGAUUCACUAGUGUGAAGUUUCCCCCCACAACUCCUCCCCGCACCCUACCUUGUCCAAAUCUCCCCAAACUUGUCCUAAUUGUUGAUUGAUUGAUUGAGACUUUUAUUAGUAGAUUGCACAGUGAAGUACAUAUUUCGUACCAUUGACCACUAAAUAGUAACACCCGAAUAAGUUUUUCAACUUGUUUAAGUCGGGGUCCACUUAAAUUGAUUCAUGAUACAGAUAUAUACUAUCAGAUAUAUACUAUCAUCAUAAUACAGUCAUCACACAAGAUAAUCAUCAGAGUAUAUACAUUGAAUUAUUUACAUUAUUUACAAUCCGGGGUGUGGGAUGUGGAGGAGUGGAGGGUUAGGUUUGGUUGUUAUCAUCACUUCAGUCAUCAACAAUUGUAUCAUCAGAGAAAUGUACAUUGAAACAGUGUAGGUCUGACUUGGUAGGAUAAGUACAGUAAGUAGUGGACAUAGAGAGAGAGAGAGAGAGAGAUCAGAAAGUAUAAGAAAAAAUAUCUACAUUUGAUUAUUAACAAACCGGGGAGGGUGUUAAUUUAGGGUUGUAGCUGCCUGGAGGUGUACUUUUAGUGCGGUUUUGAAGGAGGAUAGAGAUGCCCUUUCUUUUACACCUGUUGGGAGCGCAUUCCAUAUUGAUGUGGCAUAGAAAGAGAAUGAGUUAAGACCUUUGUUAGAUCGGAAUCUGGGUUUAACGUGGUUAGUGGAGCUCCCCCUGGUGUUGUGGUUAUGGCGGUCAUUUACGUUAAGGAAGUAGUUUGACAUGUACUUCGGUAUCAGGAAAGUGUAGCGGAUUUUAUAGACGAGGCUCAGUGCAAGUUGUUUUACUCUGUCCUCCACCCUGAGCCAGCCCACUUUAGUGGGUAGGAGUGAGGUGUGAUCUGGGGUGGAGGUCUAGAAGUAAUCUGACUAUCUUGUUCUGGGAUGUUUGGAGUCUAGAUUUGAGGGUUUGGAGGUGCCAGGUACCAGGAGGUGCAUGCGUAAUCGAAAAAGGGUUGAACGAGAGUUCCCGCUAAAAUCUUCAUGGUGCUUUUGUUGACCAGAGAGGAGAUUCUAUAGAGGAAUCUCGUUCGUUGGUUGACCUUUUUGAUUACCUUGGUUGCCAUUUUAUCACAGGAAAGGUUAGCCUCUAGAAUGGAACCUAGGUAGGUGACCUCAUCUUUCCUGGUGAUAACAAUGUCACCCACUUUUAUAGUGAAGUCAUUGACUUUCUUAAGGUUGAUGUGGGACCCACACAGGAUGGAUUCCGUUUCACCCAAGUGUAUGGGUAGCUUGUUGUCAGCGAGCCAGGUGCAAGUUCUACAGAGCUCAGCACUGAGGAUUUUCUCCACCUGUGACUUGUCCUUGUCUGAUACCAGCAGGGCAAAGUCAUCCGCAAACAAGAACAAUUCACAGUCGCAUGCUGAUGACAUGUCGUUUAUGUAUAUUAGGAACAGUAAAGGCCCUAAUAUACUGCCUUGGGGGACUCCACAGCUUACUGACAGGGGGGGGGGGCACAAUGCCGUUCAACUCAACCACCUGUUCCCUCCCCUCCAAGUAAGAUUGCAUCCAGCUCGAUGAGGUUUUGUCAAAUCCGAUUGCUCUGAGCUUAUCCAACAGUAUAGCGUGGUUAACUGUGUCAAAGGCCUUCUGAAGGUCCAGCAUGACCAUGCCGCAGUAUUUGCCUGCGUCCACCUUAUGUUUGAUGUGGUUUGUGCUGCAAAAAUGUUUGUUUGUUCCGUUAGGUAUUUUAGGUUAUUAAUGUUUUAUAGUUUUUAUGUUAACGUGAAAUUAUUCAUUACCGGCCUUCUAACCAUGUCAAAAUCUCCCCAAACUUGUCCCAUUCGUUUGUGCUCCAAUUGUCUGCAAAACCCACACAUCAUAAUUUUUAAGUUACUAACAAUGAAUGAUUCAUAACCAGCUCCAUAAAACGUUGAUAACAUAAAAACUAUAGUAGACCCAAAAUAUUUGCACAAAGUCGCCAGACAAUUGGGACUCGUUUGGGUGGAUUUUGACCAAUCCACUGGUCAUGAAUCAUAAAACGUUAAUAACUUGAAAAACUAUCAUAUUUAAACCAUAGCUUUUUGCAGCACCAACGAUUGGGUCAAGUUUGAGGAGAUUUUGACUAUUAUGAAUCAUAACACGUCAAUAACAUAAAAAACAGUAAAUGUUAAUACAUUAAACGAUUAUUAGUUAGUUCAAAUAUGUUUGCAGCACAAACGAUUGGGACUGGUUUGGGGACUUUAUGUGAAGGUGGGGGAGCUGGUUAUGAAUUAUAAUUUGUUAAUAACUUUAAAACUAUAUUAGUUAGACCUAAACUUUUUCCAGCAUGAACAAUUCAAACAAGUUUGGGGAGAUUUUGACAUAGUUGGAGGGCUGGUAACGAAUAAUAACACAUUAAUACCAUAAAAAACAUAAAUAACUCAAAAAACGUAACGGCACAAACAAAAAAUUCUGCAGCACAAACGAUUGGGACAAGUUUGGGGAAAUUUGGACAAGGUGGGGGGCGGCAACUUCACACAGGUAAAUCACAAAACGUUAAUAACUUAACUAUAAUAAACCAAAAGGUUUUGCAGCACAAACCAAUGACCAAGUUUGGGGAGGUUGUGACAUAGUUGGGGUCUAGUUAUCAUUGCUAACAAAAAAACUUAGAAUGUUAAUAACUAUAAAAAAAAACUAAUAGGCCAAACAUUUUUGCAGCACAAACGAUUGGAACUGGUUUAGGGAGAUGUUGACAAGGUGCGGGGUCUGGUUAUGAAUUUUGAAACGUUAAGAACUUAAAAACUAUAAUCGGCUGGCAAAAAAAAUUUGCAGCACCCAACAGAGAAUUAAGUCUCUGGCUUGUGUCAAAAUUAAUUGAUUUAUGACCCGUGACGGUCAAAGGUCAAGUUCAAAUGAAUCAGGUAAUAAAUACGUUGAAGAAAGAACCAAACCAAACAAAAAGACAAAGUACGAUGAAUUGAGUUACAAUGUAUUCAACAAUUACACAUACACACAUUUUAAAAAAGUUUUUUUUGAGCCAUCUUCCUCUAUCGACACGCCGCUAGUAUUGUCCCCAUUCCCGCACACACAAACCAUUUAGUCAUGACAUACGGUAGCUAGAAGCACUCCAGCGUCCGUGUAUUUUACUCAUUAAACAAAUCAUCGCAGUAACAAAAUACAAAUGGAUGCUUUUUUUUUUAUUUUUUAAAUCGAAUGAAUCAAUUUAAUCGACGAAUCGUUGCAGCCCUUGAGUUUUUAAUUAUUUUUGUGUACACUCUAGUAAUCGUGUUAGAACAAUACACAAGACUGCGGCUAUGUGGUAACAACGGUCAAUAUAAUCAACAGUCUGCCUGUUCUACCCGGUAGAAGUAGUAAGUACACAGGAGCUAACAUAGGCAAAAAGAUGAAAAAGCAAAAGAAAAAAGGAGUUGUCGUCAGCAGAAAGCAAAACAAUUGACGAUAACCAGAAUGAAAAGACCCGGAAGUACGACAAAGCAUACAUAGCCUUUUGGAUUUACCAUAAAUACGGUAGGAAAUGAGGAAAGGCGGGUGUGUGUUUUAUACCAUCUACUACACUUUGUAUCAUCCUAUCUCUUUGAGAUGCCUUUUUCUUCCGUUGCCGCAAUAAAAACAGUACAGAUCUAAUCUUAAUACAGCGUUUGGUUCAGGGGAGAACACACAGAAGCGAAUACAAAAAUUAAGGGGAAGAAAUACCGCUAGUUUGACAAAAAACAGACCAAAAUAAUCUUAUUUGGUAACAGUAUAAGGAAAGUAAAACACAAAUACAAAUAGACGGAAUAGACGUUGAAAGAGGAAAUGAAAUAAAAUUGUAGACGUAAUGAUUGAUGAUAAUAUGAACCGGAAAUCUCAUAUAAAAAUAUACAACAUAAGGUGGCGAGACAUACAUCCGUAAUGAAUAAAGCAAAAUAUGUAUUGGACCAGAAAUUACUUUAUAUUCUUUACUGCUCCCUAGUCUUACCAUAUCUGAGUUGUUGGGCAGAAAUAUGGGGAAAUAACUAUAAAAGUAUGCUUUAGUUAUUAACCGUGUUACAAAAAAGAUUAAUUAGAAUAACACAUAAUGUUGGAUUUAGAGAAAACUCAAACCCAUUAUUUACUGAAUCAAAAAUAUUGAUAUUUUUUGACAUAUUAAAUUUGUAAACAACUAAAAGUAUGCACAAAGCAAACUAUAAUUUGCUACCCAAGAUCGUACAACAAUUAUUCUCAACAAAAAAGGAGAAAUAAAACUUCUAAGAAAAAUGUAACUUUAAACCUUUGUAUGCACAUACAACACUUAAAACUUUUAGCAAAUCGGUAUGUGAAAUUUAAUUAUGGAAUGGAUUAAGCAAAUAAUUUAAACAAUGUACUAAUAUGAUCCAAUUUUUUUUAAUAAAUUAAAAAAAUACAAAUAAAAAUUUAAAACUUUUUAAACUCUGUGUUUACAAAGUACAUAGAAGAAUAACCAUGAUAAACAUUCUGAAUUUAUUGAUAAUCUUAUUUAUCUCACCAUAUGAAAUGUAACUUGUAGAGUAUAUUGUGAAUACAUUGAGAACAGGAAGUGAACAAAAAUGUUAGCAAUUGCUAUGUAAUGGAAAAGGGGUAGGGUUAUAUAAGCUCUGCUUCUUUCUACUCCUUUUGGAGCAUGUUGUAAAGGGAAACUAAAAAUUGUGAAGUAUCAUGUUGUAAUUGUAAAAUUAACUCUAACCAUAAACAUAGCAAGAGUUAGGAGUUUCAAUAUCAAGUUUGAAGCCCAGAUUUAAAAGCAUGUGCAGUGCAAAAAAAAAAGGUUUACUGCAGACUAAACUAAAUACAAGCAAAGUCAUUAUUUUGAUGGCAAAUUGCAUUCAUAAUGAAUGUGAUUAUACAAAUAAAUAUGUUCCUAUAAAUUAAACACUGUUAAAAAAGUUUGAAAUAAUUAAAUUGUAAUUUGGGUUUUAUUAAAAAAUGCUCAAACUAAUGCAGUGUCUGAUUGAAAUGUUCAUGGGUCAAGCUUUUUAAAAUUGUAUUUUGGAAAAAUUAAAUGUUCAGGGAAAGUAAAUGCAAAGAUGCACAUUUAUUAUGCAGGCUAAGCUACGAUAUAGGCUAUAUUAGUGCAAAUUUUGCAGUAAACAAAAUAAAAAAUAAAAAUUACAACACU